AAAUAUCUCAUGUCUUCAUUAAUUAGGUGGCCACUUAUCAGUAGAUCCUAAGCCCUCCAAUCGACGAGGGCGCUAGGUCCGGCGAGAUCACCUCGGCGAAGAAGACCAAAAAAAUGCAGAAACCUGUGAUUCCAGCUUGGAAGAGAUUAGGCUUGAAACUCAAAUACGCGGAUGAAGUUUUCGAGUCUACGGGGAAUUCGAACGGGGACGGAGGUGUCAUUAGGAGCCAUAAGUCUGUCAAGCCCAGUUCAGCCAAAGAAGAGCAACAGGUCUCGGAUGAACCUCCUCGCAAAAAAAGAAAGGCUUCGACAGGCUCCGAUGAAAUUCGCCAGGCUUGGCUAGCAAACGGCACCGACGCACCCAACGGCAAGCCGUCCGAAAAAGCCACGAAAAAGCUCAAGAAAAGAGUAUCAUUCUCCGCUGAUGUCAAAGCUGACUCCGAAAUGCCUGGGACAGCACCAGUGGAAGCAGGGUCCAACCUUGAAGGAGCCCCAGCGACUAAGCGGAAGAAGGAGAAGAAGAAAAGCAGAGCUGCUUCAGAUGCUCAGCGGCCUUUGAGUUCGGGAUUGAAUCCAGCUCUCGAGUAUCUGAGCCAGUACCAUACCGCACGGUCGACCUGGAAAUUCAACAAAAGUAGAGAAAUAUGGAUUCUGAAACAUGCACUUUCAGAGACAGAUAUUCCCAAAAGCUAUGAUUUGGCUCUUGCAAGAUAUGUACACGGAUUGAAGGGCGCCGGCGCCAGAGACAGGCUGAAGACGGCAUGUAUGGAUAUGUUGAAGGAGCAGCCAAGCAAGGCAGACACAAGCGAUCAGCUAAAUGACGGCCACGACGAUCAAGAUAGGCACUUCCAGGCCCGUUUCGGAAACGAGCUUCAGGAGCUUCAAGAAGGCGCCAAAGCUGAUAAAGACAGUGGCGAGUUCGAAACAUGGAUCCAACACCAGCCGCGCUCGAAACUCUUGCUUUGGAGCCUGGGGCAUGAUGAGGCGGUUACGAAUUCAAGCAAGCUUGGCUCAUUCGCUACAGACGGUAAAGGAAACACAAGAACACCCCAAACAAAUGGAGUAGACGCACAGAAGUCGACGCAGAAGAAGAAAAAGAACAGGACGGCGGUUGUUGAAUAUGAAAGCUCCAGCUCCAGCUCCAGCUCCAGCUCAAGUAGUGAAAGUGAUACGGAUGGCGACAGCGAGAGCGAGAGCGACCAUGAUGCAUCUCCGGAAGAGGCCGAGGAGACGACUUCCAGCAGCGGCAGUGACAGCAGUACCAGUGAUGAGUCCAGCAGCGGUUCGGACAGCGAGUAGGUUAUGCUCUAGAGGACUUCAUGGAGGCAAAAUACUAAGGUUACGGGACGCAAUAGUCUGCCAAUAUAACGCUAUCGGUGGUACAAAUAAUGAUCAUUGGAU